UUUGAAAGUGGUUUUAAAGGUGCAGCUGAAAUGGCAGUGAGAACAACCUCAAUAAACAACUUCAUAUUUUUAACCGAUUGCUUUGUUAUCCAUUUUCGAUAAUGUUUUUCGACAUAAUUCAGGACUAACUUACAUAGUAUGAUUUGUAUAGGUGGGUUUAAGUUGUAGGUUGAAUGUAUGACAAGUAUGUUCUAAAUAGACUGGCAUUUUUAAUCCAGUGAUCGUAAAUUCUUCCAUGAUGGACAUAUAGGGACAAACGGGAAGAAAAAUAAGCUGAUGGAAGAAGAACAAUGCUUGACUAAUAAUGGACUAUUUAGAGAUCCUGCCAUGGAAAGCCACGACUUUUCCUCAUCUAGAAAUAACUACACAUGUACAUUAACACCCGAGCUCAUUGCCAAAGCAAGAGAGGAGCUCCAAGAAAAACCAGAAUGGAGACUUCGAGAUGUUCAGGCUCUACGUGACAUGAUCCUUAAAGAACACCCACAUCUUAGAACUCGCAUUGAUGAUUCUUUCCUUUUGCGAUUUCUUCGUGCCAGAAAGUUUGAUUAUGACAGAUCUCUGAAACUUCUUGUGAAUUAUUAUGCAAGCCGCCGCAGUUGGCCUGAAGUGUUCCAAAAUCUUAGACCAUCAAAUGUGAAACAUGUAUUGGAUUCUGGCUUCUUAACAGUCCUUUCACAGCCUGAUCCUGAUGGCCGAUUUGUUUUGUGUCUUCGACCAGGAAAGUGGAGACCAAAUGAUUACCCAUUUGUAGAUAAUAUUCGUGCUAUGUACUUGACUUUGGAGAAAUUAAUUCAGUCAGAAGAGACUCAGGUCAAUGGGAUUGUUAUUCUUGCAGAUUACAAUGGUGUUGGUCUAUCACAAGCAUCCCAUCUGGGGCCUUUUCUAGCCAAAAAAGUGGUAGGCAUUCUCCAGGAUGGAUUUCCAAUUCGAAUAAAAGCUGUAAAUGUUAUUAAUGAGCCUAGAAUAUUCAAGGGAGUAUUUGCCAUUAUUAAGCCAUUUCUGAAAGAAAAGAUGGCUCAGAGGUUUAUUCUUCAUGGUUCAGACCUAAUCUCUCUUCACCAAAGGCUUCCCCGGGACAUUCUUCCCGAAGAGUAUGGUGGCACAGCUGGAAAACUAGAUCCUUCAGAAUGGUGGAGUACCUUGCUGAGUUCAGAAGAGGAGUUUGUUGCCGAGUUCUGCCAGUCAUUCCCACUUGGGAACACCGAUUCCAAUGACCCGUUCAUUUUUGAAGGGGAACCUACCCAAUCUCAUUCUGAGGAUUCUUACAGGGGAUUAAGGUCACAGCUAUAUUACUGUUACUAACAGCCCAGCUUUAUUUUGUGCUGUUCUCAAAAGUGUUCAUAUUUUGCGGUGACUCACUUGAAUCUCAUAUACCCAGAUAAAACCAGUGAAGGGUAUUGGUAAUUGUUUUUUUUAACUGGGAGUUUUGGGCCGCAUGGUAUACAAAUUGGCAAUGCUUAAAAGAAAAGAUGAAUAAACAUUAGGUAAAUUGUCCCAGUAUUUAAGGACUCUCUUUAAGCACUAUUUCUUUUUUUUAUAAGUAAGAGAUAAGUCACAGAACUUGUAUGGAUUAGGUGAAGUUCAGAUUUGUAUAUUGCAUUGAUUUGCACAUCACGUUAUUUUUAGUGGUUUAUAAAAGAGAGAGAGAGAGAUUAAGCAAAUUCAACAACAAAUUAACUUGUGAAAGUGUAUGCAUUGGUUUCAUUAAAAAUAAUAAGGCACAGAUUAGUAGUGUAAAUAAGUCACAAUACUAAAUACCAUCUAAACAUUCAUUAAAAAUUUUUAGAACAUGUAAUGGGCUUUUAUAAGCUAGGACUCUUAUUUUUGCACAGUAAAAUUUACCAUUGUUGCGCUGUUUAAGUGAUGGGCAUUUUGCUUUUCUUACAAAGCAUUUUUUAAACUAGUACAGUUAGACCCUGCAAAAUGUCAAGUAGUUUACUGUUAUAGUUUUAUUCCACCAUAUUCUGCUAUUUGUGUGUGUGUGUGUGUGUGUGUGUGUGUGUGUGUGUGUGUGUGUUCACUCAGUAUAAACCGAAACUACCAGAGUUAAGUUUUUUUUUUUUUCUUUUUUCAAAAAAGGACCAUUCUUUUUAUAUACAGUAGCAUAUUGUCAUUUGAAAAAUUAAGUAUUCUCAUUAAGAUGUUUUGUCUUGGGCGGCACGGUGGCGCAGUGGGUAGCGCUGCUGCCUCGCAGUUGGGAGAUCUGGGGACCUGGGUUCGCUUCCCGGGUCCUCCCUGCAUGGAGUUUGCAUGUUCUCCCCGUGUCUGCGUGGGUUUCCUCCCACAGUCCAAAGACAUGCAGGUUAGGUGGAUUGGCGAUUCUAAAUUGGCCCUAGUGUGUGCUUGGUGUGUUUGUGUUUGUCCUGUGGUGGGUUAGCACCCUGCCCAGGAUUGUUUCCUGCCUUGUGCCCUGUGUUGGCUGGGAUUGGCUCCAGCAGACCCCCGUGACCCUGUAGUUAGGAUUCAGCGGGUUGGAAAAUGGAUGGAUGGAUGGAUGUUUUGUCUUUUUUAACAUAUGUGGAUGUAUCAAGGUUUACUCUUCAUUUAAACAGUAUCUUAGAUAAAGGUGAGAUAACAAAUCUCUCACAUAUAUAUUUUGUAGUCCAGUGUAUAAAUAAAAUAAACCCGGGGACAAAUAAAGUUUUAUCUAUAAAUGCAAAUUUCACAUGUGUUAAAAAUAAGCAUACCCCCUAUAUUCAUCAUUACCUCAAAUACCCAAAAUUAGAAUCUAGUAAUAUGAUUAGAACAUCUUUUAGGGAAGAUUUUGCCUGAACCCGUCUUAUUUAAACCCCAGAUAUUUAGUUUAGUUUGCUGCUUGUUAUUUAAGUGUGGGUUACUUCCAUGCCGACAUGGAAAGAGAAAGAAGGCUUCAUGCACCUUUGAGUCUGGGAAAGGAUUUAAAUGGAUCUCCAAACAACUGGAAAUCAACCCUUGCAGGGUCCAGAAGAUUAUCUAUAAUUAGAGAAAGCUUCAAACAACUGCCAACUUCUCCAGGCACAGUGAGUUCAGCCUGAGAGUAGAGCACAAGAUUGUAAAAGAACCCCACAACUUCAUCACUGGACCUGUGAUCCAAUUGUAUCACCUUUUAUCUAAAAAUACCACUUAAGUAAAGAUAAAAUCUUUAUGUCCACACAUAUUAAAAAAGAAAAAACAUUCGUAAUUUAGUAAGUAAUUAUACUUAAUUUACCACAUGAUUGUAUAUAAUCGUAAUUUGCUAACCAAAGAUAAGUUGUUGAGAAUGUUGGAUCAUUAAAUGAUGGAGUAUUGUUUUUUUAAAUCUGGCAAAACAAAAUAACAAAAACGGAAGCUUGCUGGUCUGUGUGACCUGUGAAGCUCUUUGACACAGCUGAUCGUGGUGGGGUGUAGUGAUGCUAUUAGAUACUGGAAGGAGUGGAGGAAGGGGGUCUUGGGUGACCUCGUGGUUGGUGUCUUCCUGGCUGAGGACAGAAGUGAAAACGUAUCAGGCUGCUGUAACAGCCAUUGUACAACUGGCAUCAAACCCUGAAAUGGACAGACUACUGUAUGCUUGUGUGUGUGACAAUAUAAUGUUGUGUUUUUUGUUUUUUUUACAUUUAAGUAGUUUGCAUAUUAAAGUAUUCUGUACAAAUGUU